CAUUAUAAAUAGCGGUAUUAGAAUUUGCAUUAUAUGCAACAAAUACUCUACUGAUUUAGAAUUUAAUGGGAGCGAUGAAUGGAGUUAUAGUAAGACUUUUUGUGGUGAUGUUGGGACUUGUAAGCCAUGGAAAUGCAGGCAUUACAAGUUCCUACGUUCGAUCUGCCUUUCCAUCUGCUGAUAUCCCUCUUGAUAAUCCUGUAUUUGCACCUCCUCCUGGUUAUAAUGCACCCCAACAAGUACACAUAAUCCAGGGUGAUUACAAUGGAAAUGCUGUACUUGUGUCAUGGGUGACACCUGAUGAACCGGGGUCUAAUACGGUGCGAUUUGGCAAAUCAAAGAAACAGUACGAUUUCACCGCCGAGGGUACAGUAACAGACUUUACUUUUUAUCAGUAUAAGUCUGGCUACAUUCAUAAAUGUUUCUUGAAGAACCUUGAGAGUGACACUAAAUAUUACUACAAGCUAGGAACUGGUAAAUCUGCUCGUGAAUUUUGGUUCCAAACACCUCCGGCCAUUAAUCCAGACGUGCCAUAUAAAUUUGGAGUUAUUGGUGACUUGGGGCAGACGUACAAUUCAUUAUCUACUCUCGUCCAUUUGAGGAAGAGCGAAGCGAAAGCUGUGCUGUUUCUUGGAGAUCUUUCAUAUGCUGAUAAAUAUGAGUACAAUGAUGUGCCUAUAAGGUGGGAUUCAUGGGGUCGUUUCGUUGAAAAUAGUACAGCUUAUAUGCCCUGGUUUUGGUCCGUUGGAAAUCAUGAAGUUGAGUUCUUUCCUUACAUGGGAGAGACAAUUCCUUUCAAAAAUUAUGUUUAUCGCUACCCUACUCCUUAUUUGGCCUCCAACAGUACAAGUCCUCUCUGGUACUCUAUCAGACGUGCAUCAGCUCAUAUUAUUGUGCUCAACAGCUACUCUGCUUUCGUCGUAUACUCCCCACAGUGGUUUUGGCUGCAACAAGAACUCGCAAAUGUAAACCGUGAGGAAACACCUUGGCUCUUUGUUAUCACCCACGCUCCACUCUACAACAGCAAUGAAGUACAUUUCAUGGAGGCCGAAGGCAUGAGAAUAGCCUUUGAGAGCUGGUUUAUUCAAUACAAAGUCGAUGCGGUCUUUUCCGGACAUGUUCACGCUUAUGAAAGAUCGAACCGAUACUCCAACAUUCGCUGCAAGGUAUCGAGUGGCUUCUGCUAUCCGGUGCCUGACAAAUCCGCACCGGUUUACAUCACUGUCGGAGAUGGAGGGAAUCAAGAGGGUCUUGCCACCAAAUAUAUGGAUCCGCAGCCGCAUUAUUCGGCAUUCAGAGAAGCAAGUUAUGGGCAUGGAACGUUGGAGAUAAUGAACAGAACUCAUGCUUUCUUUUCAUGGCACCGGAAUGAUGAUGGCGAACAUGUGGUUGCCGAUUCACUUCUACUGAACAAUCAGUAUUGGACAAGCAAAAAAGUGAAGAAACAUAAUCUGAGGAGCUUUGUUGAUGAAUCAACUAUAUAAUCUAUGAAAUUUGUGAUGCAUUUUUCUUGGAAUUCUGUUGAUUUUGAUAACCGUAAUGGAGAUUAACGUGUGGGUUAGGUCAUCUCUUUGUAUUUCAAAAGUAUGUCCAUGCUCAUCCUUGGGAUAUUAUGCUCAACAUGAACCUACGAUAAUAAAUAUCAUUACUCUCUGCUUUUCUAUA